UCAGUGUGUGCCAGCGAGCCCAUCCAUAGAUUCAUCUCUCCUCCCUGCGUUAGGGUUCCACUCCCGUUCCUCCUCCGGCCGCCACCUCCGCAUCGACCUCCUCGGUUGCCAUGGUGAUGGAUGACAACCAACUCCGGGUGCUCCAGAUCCCUCCGCCUAUCCACCCCGACGAUCCGGAUUCUCCUCUCCCGGAGACCAUCCUCAUCGACUCGUUCGGCUACCUCAGCGACCGCACCAACGCCACCACCGCCAGGGGCCGCAGGAGCAGGACCAAGAAGAAGGGCAAGCGCAUCCUGGUCACCUUCUGGCCGGUUGCCCCGCCGCGCGUCUCCUGCUUCACCGUCCACUGCCCAGAUCUGAAGCCCGAUGUAUUCGCUGACAUCCCCAAGAUCUCCUAUACGGAGGACGACCUCGUCCUGCUCAGCAUCACCAUCUGCCCCGAGCGCCAGCACGUGUACGGCCAGAACAUCCGCUACUUCGUCUACCAGGCCGGCACCAAGAAGACGCCGCCGUCGGUCAAGCUCGUCCACUGUCCCGCCUACUUCAGGAUCUACGACCAAGAGGUUGCCUUACUGCACUGCCACCACCAAGAGAUGUUCUUCAUCGCCGUGCUCCGCUGGGCCUUCAUUGAUCGGGAUUACACCGACGGGCACUUUAAUCUCCACCUGUACAACUCCAAGACAAAGGCAUGGAACAUCAAGUUGAUGCUUCUUGAUUCGCCCAAGGAUUUUGAGUUCCGCUCUUUCAACAAGGGGAUCACCAUUGGAGGGGAGCUUGGUUCAGUGGGUUGGGUCGACCUUAGGCGGGGCAUUAUCAUCUGUGACCUUCUCCUUGACAACCACAGUCUUCGCUACAUCCCACUACCUUCGCCGCUGUCGCCCGAUCCAGUCAGGGGUUAUAUGUUGUAUGUUCGGAACAUCACUGUUCUCCAAGGUUACAUCAAGUAUUUUGAGAUGCACAGUAACGUCAGACCGGGCUCAGACACUGGAAGCUCCCUGAUAUGUGAAGGUUGGAUGGCUGCAACAAAAAAAAUAAAAAUUUCAAGCAUUGGCUCUACUUCUGGUAGUAGCAACUGGGAGGAGGACUGUACUAUCAGAUGCUCAGAUGAUGUACCAUUGGAUAGCCCUGUGUAUGCCCAAAUGCUACCUAAUCCGCAGGAGGGAGAUGAUGCCAAGCCAAGCCUGAAGAAAAUUCGUGUAGGCUAUCCUGCUCUUAGCUUGCAUGACGGUGAUGUUGUUUACCUUAUGCACAUGCCUGAUCCCCGUGGGGAUAAGGCCUGUGUGAUUGCUCUUGAUAUGAGGAACAAGGCUGUAAAAGGCGUGGCUAAUUUUGGCGGCUCUGGAAGACCCCUGGGUCCUUCUUACACCUACCUUCCGAGUGGGAUCUCCAAGCAUCUGGGCAUUUUCUCAUCAACCAGUGCGCCGCCUCCAUUGACCGCCGCGCCACUGGACCACUGCCGCCUGCUGGAACACCACCGCUGCCGCCGGACUUCUGUGCUGCCGUUGCUGGACAUCCGCGCCGCCGCCACCUGCCACCGCAGCCUUGACGAAAAGAUGCAAAUGAGAGAGAGGAAAAAAAAUGACCCACUGGCAGGCGUGGCCCAUUUGUUAGGGAGAGUAUUUCUGUGUGCCCUACUAGCAAUGGACUUGUAUAGGGCACUAGUAGUAUUUGUAGCCAGAAGAAUGUUCUCACCUUCUGUGAUGCGUAUGAUGUGUUGCAUUGCCAAUGGACUUGUAUUACUAAAAAUCUUAUGCAUUGUAUCGACUAUAUUUGUUGGCCGUGUGUGUCCACUAUGUUCUAUGCUAGCCAUGUGAGGUCUAUAUAUAGACUUGCUAAAAUAA